AUAUAUUAGUGUUUAAAAUGUAUAUUUAUUGCAUUACUUUGUAAGAGAGAAGGGCUUAUAUUUUAUAGCGUAACUCGACGGAAUUUUGUAAAUCUUAUCUCUUUGAUUUUUAUCGAAAACACGCGAUAGCGCGCGCGCCCGAUGGAGAGAGCGAUAGCGCGAAAAGAUACCGAUUUAUAAGCACGAGCAAAAUUAAUUAUGGAUCGUAUUAUGGCUUGUGUGGUUUAUAUUGACAAUUUAACUCAGAAAGAGAGAGCAGCUAGUAGCGCAUCAAGGGAUUUACCGGCAAAUUUGGUGAGCAGUGGAAUUGAUCUAUUUUUUGUUGAGAGUAAGUCAAUGAAGACGAUCGAUCGGAAUCAUCCAAUCAGUCAACCGGAAUCAACGCUCAACAACGGCAACAGACAAAAGAACACGUUCCUCAUCUUGAAUUGAUAAUUUCGAAUAACGAAUAUAAAGAUAAAAGAAACCACGCUUAUUAUAGCAAGAUAGCAACAUAUAGCAAAGCAAUUGAUAAAACCCACACAAACGUAUAACAUCAAUUCGAAAUAGGUUGUACAAGACGAGGGUCGGAUGUAGGGCCGUGAGAAUGCACCCGUUUUGGAGCAACCGCAGCAUCAGGAGUUAGGUAGGAACAUGUAAGUAGGAAUUUACAUAGCAACAAUUUUAAGACACCAGCCCCCUUCAAAAGAUCCGACCGAUCGGUACCAAUGGCCGCGGUUUCUUUUUUAGACAAUGGAACAAACUAACAACGAAUGAUAGAAAGACAUCCAAUCGAAUGUUCUCUUUCCCUCUCAAUUCGAAAGCAGCAAUACGAGUACUCUUGAGGUUUUAGCAGGGGCCUGCACCCGAGAGCUUCAUCGUGAUGGGUUGCUGAAAGGCGUGCGAGGAGGGAAACGACGCGUUAACUUUGAAAGGAGUCGCGAAUGCAAACCAUCGUCAAAUGAUAUUUUCUAUUCGUAGGAAAGUAUGUUUUUCAUUUCGACUCAUCCGGAUUGCACCCCGUGCGGAGGUAAAAGUAACAGAGCAGUGACAGACAGUAGUUUUCCAACAUAACACACUUUAGCAGCACAUAAAAUUUAUGCGUCCACGGCACUACGGUAGAGUUCCCUCCCCAUCUCUUCUCCACCUCGGUCUUGGCAUACAGCCCACGAGGAGGCAAAUCCAAUCAAAAUAAUAUGUACAAAAAAUAGAUGAACCUCGAAAUAAUAGAACAUUGUUGAAACAAAUGCGCCACAGCACCGGAGACCAUGGAAUUCAACAGAUUUCCAUUGACACUAGUAGUUAAUGGCAGUAGUAGAAAACCUUAAAAAACCGCUAAACCUAAAAAAAGUCGAUACAAGCACCUAGAGAAAUUUGAUAAUAUAAAUCGAAUCCAUUUCAAAGUAAGAAAAAACAUGCGACCAGAUGACCGCGGUAAUAUUCAUAUAACUAGUGAGAAUAAAGGCACUAAUCUUUGGCCGGCUUUUAAACCUCUUGUCACGAAAUCUAAGCUAGCAAAGGUCCCAGGUGUACUCUCUUAUUAGACCUGUAUUGCUCAAAAGGUGUUUAACACCCGUUGCGCGAGUAUCGACAAGCUGUCAGGAUAUCCACCCUCUUAAGGUGUAACACAACAUGGGGUGGUCGAAUCCCGUUUGAAUUUCCCGCCAAACAUAGCGAUUCCGAUUAAAAUCAAGAUUCAUGUAAUGGUAUGCUUCGCUCUCUAUCGUCCUUUGAGUUUUUCUACGUAAAUGCUGCUUUCUAUUUUAGUCAGAUACGGUAAGCGUGAACGUUAGCAGCAACAGCGCAACACGUAGCACGUGGUUAUCAUCACUACGGACCCACGUUGUAGGUGCUGCAACUACUGCUGAUAGUGGAGAGUAUAGCAAGUUCGUUGGAAAAGGGAGAGUCGCGGACGCGCACAUAUAUUUUACGUGGUAAAGUGGAUUUGAAAACAAAACACAAAAUAACAAAACGGGGAUUAUAUGCUUACAACCGA